UGGCUCUCCCUCAAUGCGUGGCUCUUCUGGAAAACCUUCCUGCUCUAUUAUCAAGGGCUGCAGUAUUAUUAUCUGCAUCAGAUGUUAGGGCUAGGAUUGUGUGUUAGCAGAGCUUCAGCAUCUGUCCUCAAUCUCAACUGCUGCCUGGUCCUCCUACCGAUGUGCCGUGUUGUCUUGGCCUUCCUGCGAGGAUCUCAGAGAUUGCUUGAAUUCUUCUCUUUAACCAGAAGGCUGCUAGAUAAAAGCAAAACUUUCCAUGUGACAUGUGGAGUUACAAUAUGCAUCUUCUCAGUCUUACAUGUUGCUGCUCAUCUGGUGAACGCUCUUAACUUCUCAGAGAACUACAACGAAGACUUUCUGGCACUAAAUGCAGCAAAUUAUCGUGGUGAGGACCCAAGGAAACUGCUUUUUGCUACCGUUCCAGGUCUGACUGGAGUCAUUAUGGUGUUAGUAUUAUUCCUAAUGUGUACAGCUUCAACGUAUGCCAUCAGGGUUUCAAACUAUGACAUCUUCUGGUAUACACACAACCUUUUCUUUGUCUUCUAUAUGCUGCUGAUACUGCAUGUUUCUGGGGGAGUGCUCAAGUACCAGACCAACUUAGAGGAACACCCUCCUGGUUGCUUUAAUCCUAACAAAACACUCCAAGAGAAUAUGACGGUGCCAAAGGCUUUUGAAGAGUCGUUUCCUGACUAUACUACUGAGCGUUUCCCAGAAGACUUAUCAGUACCAGAACCCUUUGUACAAAAUAACUUUAUGAGAAUUUGUUCUGAGGAACCCAAGUUCCAGUCACACUUCCCAGAGACCUGGUUUUGGAUUUCUGGACCUCUGUGCUUGUACUGUGUGGAAAGGCUGUACCGCUACAUCCGCAGCAAUAAGGCGGUCACAAUAACUUCAGUGAUAAGCCAUCCCUCCAAUGUCCUUGAAGUAAGGAUGAUGAAAGACAACUUUAAAGCAAGGCCGGGUCAGUAUGUUAUUCUGCACUGUCCCAGAGUGUCCGCACUGGAAAGCCAUCCAUUCACCCUUACCAUG